AUCAUUUCAAGUUGAAUAUAGUUUCUCGGCCUGAUGGAACAAAAUAUAUUGAAAUGGUUCUUCACACGUCUCUUGAUAGAGAAAAACAAGAGGAGCAUAAAUUAACCCUGACAGCAUUUGACGGUGGAAAUCCUCAGAAAUCGGGUUCUGUGAAAAUAAGUGUCUUUGUUUUGGAUGCAAAUGACAAUUCCCCGAUAUUCACCCAGUCUGUUUACAGAGUACCAGUUCCUGAAAACGCGUCCAAGGGCACUGUCAUAUUAACAGUCAGUGCCACUGAUAAUGAUAAGGGAGCAAACGAGGAGGUUGUGUAUUCGUUCUCCCAGCAUACAGACAGUGCAUCCUCCCUGUUUAAUAUGGACCCUCAUACCGGGGAAAUGAGCGUAAUUGGUCUGUUAGAUUAUGAAAAAGUAAAACAUUAUGAGAUUGAUAUUGAAGCUACUGACAAAGGAGGUUUGACUGACACAAGCAAGGUGCUAAUCGAGGUGACUGAUCUUAAUGAUAAUGCCCCUGUAAUAAGCAUUAUUUCACUCUCCAAUCCAAUACCAGAGAAUGCGGCUCCAGAAACUGUUAUAGCAAUGCUUAACAUCAAAGACUUGGACUCUGGUAAAAAUGGUGAAGUUAACUGUUUUAUUAGCCCACAUUUACCUUUCAAGAUCAAGUCCUCGUCGACCAAUUUUUAUAGCCUGAUUUCAGACGAUGUUUUGGACCGUGAAACGAUCCCAGAAUAUAAUAUAACAAUAACGGCAAAGGAUGAGGGUUCCCCUUCUUAUUCUACAAACAAGACUAUUAAUUUAAGAAUAUCGGACGUGAACGACCACGCCCCUAUGUUCCCACAACAUUUUAUGACUGCUUAUAUAAUUGAAAAUAAUUCACCUGGCAUGUCAGUACUCUCUGUAAAAGCUAGUGAUAGAGACUCGGGAAACAAUGCCCGCAUUUCCUACUUCCUUGAUGAUAGCCAACUAAAUGGGAUGUCAGCCUCAGCUUAUUUUUCAGUGAAUGCAGAGAGUGGGGAGAUACUUGCUGUACGUUCCUUCGACUAUGAGCAAACAAAAGAGUUCCAAAUCCGCGUCAAAGCGCAGGAUGGAGGCUCCCUCCAAUCAGUAGCAACGUGACAGUGAAAAUAGUGAUCCAGGACCAGAAC